UUUACCCCCCGAUUAACGCAACUGGUUAAGGCCUCUUCUCACGCAAUUUGGUUCAACGCAUUCCACAAUCUUUUCCCUCAAGAAUUCCGUAGAAUCUUCAUUUUCAACUCCAAAACCCCUCAAUUUCCUAUUGACCAACAAAAAAGCUGUCGAUUAUUGCACUAUUUCCCUCCAAAUUCAUCCCCAAAUUUGAUUUUCACAAUUCAGUUAGGGGUUUAGCUUCAAACUCCUGCCCUUAAUUGUUUAUCAUGGAGACGAGCGAUGAGGUAGCGGAAAUCGGGAGCUUGGGGAAGGGAUUACUAUCGGCUGAGAGUAUCGAAAAUGGCGAUAAGGUAGAGGAACAAGAAGAUUCGACGGUGAUUUACACGGCGUCGUUUGAUGAAAUGGAGGAGAAUUUCGUCAAGUAUCAAACAACACAAUGGGUGUUGUAUUCGUUGCUGUUGAUAUUGGCGUGGGGAAUUGGGUUGUUGAUGUUGCUGUAUGUGCCUGUUCGAAGGUUCAUUUUGCGCAAAGAUAUUCGGUCUCGAAAGCUUUAUGUCACCCCUGAUGCCAUUGUUUACAAAGUCACAAGGCCAGUACCAUUCCCUUGUUUCGGUGUACUGAAAAAGGAGAAAUAUGUGUUAUUACCCUCGGUAGCAGAUAUCGUGAUUGAGCAAGGGUACUUGCAGUCCUUUUUUGGUGUUUACUCUGUCCGAAUUGAAAACGCUGGUGUGAGAAGACCGUCAAGUGAUGAUCUUCAGAUUCAAGGUAUUACAAAUCCCAGUGCCUUCCGAAAGGCUGUUUUAAGUCACCUUUCAAAUCUGAGGACCGAGGCUUUCUCUAGACAAGUAGCUGCAAUUAGAGAUGCUCCAACUUUGAUGGGUGGCCAUCCACAAAUUUCUGAGAUGUCUCCUUCAAAAUUCGUUAAACAUGAUGCUAUUCCACCUGAUGAAUUGGUACUUCUACAAAAGCUAGAGGAGGUUGGGAGUUCUAUCACGAGAGUUCAGAAGUUGAUCGAGGAACAACAUUCUCAAGCAGAACCUGUAGAUUGAGCCAUUAAGAAUCUUGGGAGAACACCAGCAGUUCGGAACUUGCUGUACAGAACAAGGUGCAAAUCAGUCUUCUUGUAUCAGUUUCAUCUUUUUUCCUUCCCUUUCCACCCUUUAUUUGGUACUGGGGAAUAGAGUAGGUGAAGAAAGGUGACAACUGUUAUGGUCAUUCUGCUGAGUACAUUAGUUUGUGUAUUCUGAUUAUGUCCGAUUUUCUAACAUUAUAAAAUGAUAUAUUACCUGCAAAAGAAACAAACAGUGACUGAGACUAAGAUCAUAUACUUCUUCGUA